UGCAUUUAAAGUUAUUUUUGUGAAGUCUGUUAAGCUAAUUUUUUUAAAAAUCUGAUCUCUGGACAAUCAUAAUGGCGUUGAAAAGGCUAGCUCAGAUGGCGAUCUACGCAUGUGUUGUUACACUGUUAACAGUUCACUCAGCCUUGGCUUUCGAGACAGGCUAUUUGACGACGCAGUGCAAUGGCGACAAGACUGUUAUGGAGAGCUAUCGGUUGGAGUCCAGCACAGCCAUUUUUUACAGCAACAACGCGGACUGCACUUUCACCGUGACUGCACCUAGUAGUAGAAAGAUACUGGUGUUGUUCCGUCAGUUUGAACUCGAGAACAAAGACAACGGAAAUUGUUUGGAUUUCGUGAACUUUCACGAUGGCGUGGAUACCAGUGCUCCAGUUUUGAACAGCGAGCCACUGUGUUCCAAUUCACCCCCAGAUAAUGUGACGUCAUCAGGCCAUGUGCUUACCCUUCACUUCGUCACAGAUUCCAGGGCAGUUUAUCGGGGAUUCGAAUUGCUGUUCGUAGUGUACAAAGAUUCACCGUGUGAUGAAGAUUUUUUCUCCUGCAGCAAUAACAUAUGCGUUUCAUCCAAGAGCGCGUGUGACGGAUUUGACCAUUGUGGAGAUAAUUCAGAUGAAAUCAAUUGUCUCGUUGAUGCACCCCAAGAAGAAACAAGCUACACUGGUGUAAUUGUUGGUGGCGUACUCGCCUUUGCUGUGCUGUGUCUUAUAGCUGUUUUUCUUGGGGUGUAUUUCUACCGGAAAAGAAAGUUUAUGAACCUUUUAAAGCAGUUCAGAGCUUUGCCGGACAUUCCCCUGAAAGAACCUCAGCCCAGCUACCCAGUGACUGACCAGUACAUCCGAAGAGAGUUCAAAAUAAAGAAACCCCCAACCAGACCAGAGACACAGAAUGUCCCACGCCUAGAAAUCGAUCCAAUGUCGUCCACUUCCGCUUUGUCUUCGUCAUCAAAUUUAACAAGUAGUCUCGAAUUCAAGUAAUGAACGACGGUGAAAGGCUGACUGGGUACUGAGGUUGCCUGCUAUUGAACUCUCAGUCAUCGUUUUCAUCGUCACUUCCAUAGUCGUUGUGUAGUCAAGGGGCAAAGGCACAGUUGUAUUUAUUCUAAAUGACUUCUGCCAGCUUAAUACUUUGCAAUAACGCCAGAACUAAUUUUGUACAAGGAGACGGACAAUAUAUCCGAGCGAUUAAAGUCAUUUUAGUUUUAGGACACGCAAGGUGCGGUAGCAUAUGCGACCUUGCACGAACAGGUAAUUUAUAGAUUCCCUCCCUGUCAUUACUUGGCCAUGAUGGCAGUAAGCUGUAAACGACUCUCGUGGGGCCGUUAGUGAUUUUCCUCAUUGCGGACCAAUUUUCUUCCAACAGUGGGAAAGUCAGUAACCUCCCAAAGGUCGGUGGUUUCCUGCAGGAUCUCCGAUUUCCUCCAACGAAAAAUUCUCGAGUAUGCCUUUGACGCUCAGCAACCCACAAAUCACAUCCAUAAAUAAAUUUUGUAGGAGUUUACACACAAAGAAAUACUUUUAAAAACAUCUCAGACAUCGUCAAACAAAGUGCUUCGGAGCUAAACUCCUAGGAGGCCUAAUUUGAUGAUUCAGAAACUCGUCCUGGAAUCGAGCAUCAGUCCAUAUGGAAACUAAGAACAUCUAAUACAUGUAUAAAGAAAGCGUUUUUUUGUACUUAAAUUAUGUACAAAGAAUAUGAC